GACUUGAACAUAUCGAGUAAGGAAGUCAAAUUGAAUAUAUUUAAACUCAAAAAACAAAGAUGUCAAAGAAAUUAUUUACCAUACAAAUUCUCUUCUCCAUCUGCGUGACAGUUUAUUGUUCACAGUUUCCCACCGAAAAGUUUUUCGGAUUGGAUAAUAUUACAUCCAAUCAGAACAUGUUAAUCGACCGUUUGAUGUGUUCGCACGAUCCUGAAUCCUUCAAAGUUUGUCGUUGCGAUGAUGACUGUAUGAAAUUCAAAUCAUGUUGCAUUGAUGCAUUAUGGGACCACAACAGUAGCAUGCCAUUGGAUAUCUAUCUUGAACACUUUUUAAAGGAAGCUUUAAAGUAUCCAGACUUGAUAUGUGAACCAAUCAUAAGUGAUCUACCAAAAACGCAUAUUGCGGAGACCAUUUUUAUGAUGUCAACAUGUCCAAAAGAUUCGAAUCAAGACGAUAUUCACAAAUGCAUACAGAAUCAAAAAAAUACGUACUUACUGCCCGUGCAAGACAAAAGUGGUCGCACUUACAAAAAUAAAUACUGUGCUAUAUGCAAUGGUGUUCUCGAAUUUGAGAUAAUGAAUGUGAACGCGGCUUGCGAAAACAAGAUAAGUAACGAUAGCAGUAGUAUACUAAAGCAGUAUAGUGAUUGCAAAUUUUCAUUGGUUAAGAAGUCUGACAACACUGUCCAAUCAUGUAACAUAAACGCAGUGGUGCCGUGUAACGUAAAAAACGAUUUUGAAUGUCAACUAUGCGAAUCGUACGCCGGUGGAAUACAAUAUAACAACACAUGUUUUCGUAAUUUCCAUUGUUUUAAAAACCAAUAUGGAAACUCAGCUGUGAGGAAGAUCUUUACCUCAAGUGAUAAAUUCUGCGAAGUUUUAAGUUGGGAUCAUGGGUUUGGUUUUGGGAUAAGUUUUCCCUCAUACUCUCUACUGGUGAGUUAUUUGUCUGGUGAACAGCUUAGAGAACAAACUGAGGGAAAGUUAUGUAGUAGCAGCGGGCAAAUUUAUGAUAAAGAUACGGAUUCUUGUGUCAGUGACAUUGUAUGCGGCCAUGGCUACAAAUUAGAAGGAACAAAGUGCAAAAAAAUAGCAACUGUGUUUACAGAACCAAAUAAUAAAAUGCUCAACGCGCAUGCGUCAAAGGAAAUGAUAAUCCAGGGCUGUCUAUCACCCUACGGAUACUAUAUACACGAAAAAAAUAACAGUGCAAACAGAUCGAUGUUUGAUGAUUUGAAUGGUAUCAACAUAUUUAACAAUGCCUCGAUGGUUAUCAAGAAAACAUACAUAUCGAAUAGAACUCGAUAUCCCAGUUUUAAAGUUUACCGUACGUCCUCAAAUAUUGUACAUGCGACGGAAUUAUAUGGUGUCGAUUUCAGGAGAAGUUUUAGUGAAUCCAAAAUAUGCGCUCAUCCUGUCAUACAUUCAAAGGACUCCUUCACAAUUUCAAAAAACUGUUUUGUUUUUCUAAAUACUUCUAUACUGUAUCUUGGUGAGUAUAUUCUCGUUACGUACAACGAUGAAGUAUCAAAUGAAACGUAUUUGAUCACAUGUGAGAAAUUUCACUUGAAUUCUAACUGUCCAUUACAAAGACUAACUAGAUACAAUCAUUCCAAAAAUAACACGAUCACGGCCGACAAUCAUGUGUAUUUUGCCGAGCAAUACACGCCGUUAAACUCUGGGCUUGGUGUUUGCAUAAACAAAGAGGGUGCGGUACACAAAUGGGUGGAAGUUUUAACAAGUGUGGAAGAAUACUUGACUUUGAUUGGUUGUUCGCUAAGCAUUAUUGGAUACAUGUGUGUAAUUCUAACCUAUUCGUGUAUACUGGAACUACGAACCAUACCUGGAAAAAACGUGGUAUGCUUAUGUAUAAUGUUGAUGUUGUCUGACAUUUUGAUGCUGUCCAGUGUUGGGACCAGAGAAAAUAAACAUGCAUGCAAAGCCACUGCGAUGAUUUUACAUUAUGUUGUGCUGUCCAUACAAUGUUGGUCAGGUGUCGUCGCAUUUGACAUUUGGUCAACAUUUCAGGGAAAAUCUUUAAAAAGAGACAUAAGAAGUAAAAAGCGUUUCCUUUGUUAUUGUUUAUUCGCUUGGAUAUGUCCACUUUGCAUUCUAACAUUAUGCGUUAUACUUAACGAAACUGGUGUUGUUAUUAUGGGAUACGGUGACCAUGGAGUUUGUUGGAUCUCUAACGUCAUGUCACGUAUUGUGACGUACAUCGUACCUGUCGUUAUUUUUACUGUAUUGACGACAACAGCAUUGGUGUAUACUCUAUGUUGUAUCCGCCGACAGAGCAAAAAGUCAAAAAAAUUGUUAAGCAAAUCUGGAGGAGACAACAUCAGUUUGACUCGCAUGGCGCUAAAGCUAAUUCUCCUCCUGGGAGUGAUAGAAAUUUGCGGUUUAUUACAAACGACGGACACGACUGAAGGGAGCGUAGCUUUCAAUUUCGUGUUUCGAUUAAUCUACUCAGUUUUAAGAAGUUUUCGAGGCGUGUUUAUAUGUCUGCUUUAUGUCGUGACAGACAGAGUAUUCACAGUUUAUCAAAAGGUUCGAGAAAGAAGAACUUAUCGCUCUUCGACACGAUUUACGAGUGAAUCGAGAUCUCGAAAGAGCACACAGAUAAGCACGGUAGAUCACAAUUCUUCCGUAUAAAUGCACUGAUAUAUUGAAACUUCGUAAACAUAUAAAAAAGAUGCGAAAAAUUAAGUUUAUUGAGCCAUCAUCGUCACUAACGUAAGAUAUUAACGAAAAUUACAACGUCGUAGACAUCAAGAUGGUGAUCCUUUAGAUAGUGGUCGUAGUUAUGAGAUUGUGAAAACUGUCCACAGAUGACUAUCGACUACAAAAGAAUAAAUGAUUUGUAAACAUGUUCACCCCCCCCCCCCCGCCCCCCAACAAAUGGGUGCCUGCUAGUGUGAUUAUAUAGUGAAGAAAUGUAAAUAGAUAAGUAAAUAAAAUUUAUGUUUUAUUUAUCUGCUACUAAAUCUGUUUUUCUUACUUAAC